ACUCCCAUCACACAAGUCCUCCCUCAACCCACCAAAUCUUUUUUUUUUCCCCAAAAAAAGAACACACAUAAAAUAAUUGAAAAAAAAAAUUUAUUGACUAAAAGCCUUUCUUUACAUUUUACCAAACAUAACGUCUCUCUAUCUCUAUGCAAAGCUUACCACAUUCACCAUCCAUUCCAACUCUUCACACGACUGACGUGCACUUCCCUUAGCAUCCAAGCCCCUCCCAUCACUUAUAACCACACCCCACCGCCCCUCACUUCGCCACAUGGCGGACCCACAGGACGGCAAUGCCAGCUCCCCCUUCGAAUCCAGUCAAAGGUCCGCCCAUAAGCAGGCUGUGUCGAUGGAGGCCAAGGUGUCAGCAGCAGCUCCCCUGCCUGUGGCUCCAUGCGGGGCAUGCAAGUUCCUCAGGAGGAAGUGCGUUAGCGGGUGCAUUUUCGCACCACACUUUGGGUCGGACCAGGGCGCCGCGAGGUUCGCCGCUGUACACAAGAUCUUCGGGGCAAGCAACGUGUCAAAGCUCCUGCUGCACAUCCCGGUGAACCGGAGGCACGAUGCAGUGGUCACAAUAUCGUACGAGGCUCAGGCGAGACUGGCAGACCCAGUCUAUGGCUCUGUGUCCACCAUCCUUGCUUUGCAACAACAGGUGGCAUCCCUGCAAGCUGAGCUGACAAUGGUGCAAUCUCAGCUGAUAAACAGCCGGUACGCGGUGGCCAAUGCACUUCACUCCCACGGCCCCGACGCGCAGCUGCUGCCGAGCCACCACCAGAGCAUGAGCGUUCCGGUGUGUCAACAGCCAGCCUACUCCAACAACUCCUCUGCCUCCAACCUUAUCGACGGCAGCUUUAGUCAUUUUGCUACUGAUGACUUUGUUGCCCCAGAGAGUAACGACAGUAAUUACAUUAACAACAGCAGAAGCAAAAAUAACAAUGCAGCUUCCUCUGGCCCGCCGGAGACGUUCCCUCGCCGAUCCCAGGAUGAGGAGGAUGGCGAGGAAGAGUACCGGAAUGGUCUUUCUAUCUCCAUGCACACCGACAAAAUGCUUCUAAGUCGAACAUGAGCCCCUUGUCCAAAGAACCACCAUUUAAAAAAAAAAAAAAAGGUCUCAUAAAAGUUAUCGGGUUAUCAUGAACAGAACUGGCAUGCUUUUGAUAUAUAUACGCAGCAUGAUUUUCUGAGUU